AUGAAUGUUAUUAAAACGCAGUAAGGCUUAUAAGAAUCUAAGAUAUUAAGGAGUAAAGAAAACUUGUAUGAGGAUUUAGCUUCCUUAAAAAAUAUAGAAAACAAAAUAUUCAAAGUAAUAAUUGAAAUGCUUAAAAAGGAAGAAAUUUCAGAUUCUCUAAGCUUUUUAUCGCAAUUUGAAAAUCAAAAGGGUUCAGCAAAAUAUAUUCUUCUCCAAAAUUUAUUACAAGAUAAUUAAGACAAUUUGAUAUAGGCAUUAGAUGAUAUUUAGGCUAUUACUAAAGUUAUGAAAUUAAUUAAUGGUCAUGACUUCAAUUACACUAAUUACUCCUCCGAAGAUUAUAUUGAAACUAAGCAAACCCUAAUUAAUAAAAUAAGGGGUCAUAAAAGCAUAAUUGAAUUUUUAAAAUUUUUAGUGAAUAUCACAUCCCAUGAUAAUAAUUUCAUCUAAAGUGGAUCAAAUUCUCUUCAUUUAUUAGUUGAAAUGGAAAUUGAUAUGAAGACACUAUCUUUUGAAAAAAUUAAAGUUAAAAAUACUUCUUUGGUAGGAGCAAAUUUUGUUAAAUGUGACUUUAGUGGGUCUUAAUUCGACAAUGUUAUUAUUAGUGGAAUUAACUUAAGUGGAGCUAAAUUAAUAAACUGUAAAUGGAUAAAUUUAAGAAUAAAUGAAGUGAUGGAGUUAGCUUUUCCCAAUAAAGAUAGAACAUCAUUUUGCUUUUCUCUAGAUGGUAAAGUAUUAUGUAGUUGUGGUUAUGAUAUUAAUUUAUGGGAUGUAAAAACAGGAAAAUUAAAGUAUGCAAAAAGAUUCUACAGUCAGGUAACAUCAGUUAAUUUCUCCCCUAAUGGUAUUUUAGCAUUCUCCAUUGAAUAUUUUGUGUAUUUAUGGAAUGUUAAAACAGGAAAAUAAUUGAAAAUAUUAGAAGACCCUAGAAGCUACAUAAAUUUAGUCUGUUUCUCACCUGAUGGUACUACAUUACUGUCUGGGGGAGGUUCUAUCCGAUUAUGGGAUGUUAAGACAGGAAUAUAAAAAGGCGAAUGUAAAAAUACAAGUUAACCAGCCUGGUUCUCUCUUAAUGGAACUGCAUUACUAUCAUAUGAAUAUUAAAACUCAAUCAUGUUAUUUGAUGUUAUGACAGGAUAAUAAGUGGUCAAAAUUGAUAAUCUUGGUUAUAAGAAAUUCUGUUUUUCUCCUGAUUGUAAUAUAUUAGCAACUGAUAAUGAAGAUGGCAUGUCUAUCCGUAUAUGGGAUGUUAAGACCCUAUCAUAAACAGCCUAAUUAUAUGGCCAUACUUUAGGUAUUGAUCAUUUUUGUUUCUCUCCUCAUGGUACUACAUUAGUAUCAUGGAGUAAGGAUGAAUCGAUCUGUUUUUGGGAUGUUAAGACAGCAUCACAAAAAUUCAAAUUCACUAAUCUAAACUUUGUUUGUGAAAACCUCUGUUUUUCUCCUGAUUAAAUGACCUUAGCUUUUCUUAUUUCAGAUAAAUAUAUCUGUUUGUGGGAUACUCAGACAGCAUCAAAAAAGGUAGAAUUUAAAAAUCAUUUUAAUAAAGUAAUGUCAGUCAGUUUCUCUCCUGAUGGUAAGACAGUAGCAUCAGGUAGUGAGGAUAAAUCUAUCUGUUUAUGGGAUGUUAAAACAGGAUAGUAAAAAGCCAUAUUACUUGGUCACGAUAGAAUUGUUUAUUCAGUCUGUUUCUCUCCUGAUGGUAAAAUAUUAGCAUCCGGCAGUUAAGAUAAUUCUAUCCGUUUAUGGAAUGUUAAUACAGGAUAGGAAAAAGCCAUAUUAUUUGGUCAUCUUUCAACUGUUUAUUCCGUCUGUUUCUCUCCUGAUGGUACUACAUUAGCAUCAGGUAGUAAAGAUGCGUCCAUCAUUUUAUGGAAUGUUAAUACUGGAUAGUAAAAAGCCAUAUUACUUGGUCAUGAUAGAAUUGUUUAUUCAGUCUGUUUCUCUCCUGAUGGUUAGACAUUAGCGUCAGGUGGUAAGGAUCAAUAUAUCCGUUUAUGGAAUGUUAAUACAGGAUAGUAAAAAGCCUAAUUGCUUGAUGACAAAAAUAUUUAUUCAGUCUGUUUCUCUCCAGAUGGUAAGAAAUUAGCAUCAGGUGGUAAGCAUCACAAUAUCAAUUUAUGGGAUGUUAAAAAAAAAUAGUUAAAAGCCGAGUUAUUUGGUUAUCAUGGAAUUGUUUAUUCAGUCUGUUUCUCUCCAGAUGGCAAGACAUUAGCUUUUGGUAGUGAUGAUAGCUCUAUCAAUUUAUGGGAUUUUAAGACAUAAUAAUAAAAAGCCCAAUUAGAUGGUCAUUCAAGAUGUGUUAAUUCAGUCUGCUUCUCUCCUGAUGGUACUACAAUAGCCUCGGAUGGUGAAGAUAAUUCUAUCCAUUUAUGGGAUUUUAAGACAGGAUAAAAAGUUAGAUUAGGUGACCAUUCAAAUUCAGAUUAAUCAGUCUGCUUCUCUACUAAUGGUACAAAAUUAGAAUCAGGUAAUGGGGAUGUCGUCACUCUUUGUUUAGGGACAACCAAGACAGUUUCAAAAAAAAAAAAAAAAUUAGAUACUUACAAUAAAACUUCAUGGUCAGUCUGUUUCUCUCCUGAUAAUACUACAUUAGCAACUGGCAGUGAUGAUAACUCUAUCCGUUUAUGGGACGUUGAGACAGGAUUUUAAAGAUAAUAGUUCAAUGGUCAUAUUCGUGGAGUGUUAUCGAUAUGCUUUUCUCCUUAAGGUAAUACAUUAGCAUCAGGUGGUAGAGAUAUGUCCAUCUAUUUAUGGGAUGUCCAAAAAAAAAAAAAAUAAUUCAAAUUGGAUGGUCAUACUAAUUCAGUUUGGUCAGUAUGCUUUUCUCCUGAUGGUGCUAUAUUAGCAUCUGGUAGUGUAGAUAACUCUAUUCUUUUAUGGAAUGUUAAGACAGGACUUUAAAAGUCAAAAUUAGAUGGUCAUACUAAUUCAGUCUGGUCAGUAUGCUUCUCUCCAAAUGGUACCACAUUAGCAUCUGGCAGAGAAGAUAAAUCUAUUAGAUUAUGGAAUAUUUAAACAGGAUAACAAAAAUCAAAAUUUAAUGGCCAUUCAAAUAGUGUAAAUUCAGUAUGCUUUUCUCCUGAUGGUGCUAUAUUAGCAUCUGGUGGUGCAGAUAACUCUAUCCGUUUAUGGAAUGUUAAAACAGGACUUUAAAAGUUAAAAUUAGAUGCUCAUACUAAUUCAGUCUCUUCAGUAAGCUUCUCUCCAAAUGGUACUUCAUUAGUAUCUGGUAGUUCAGAUAAAACGAUUAGAUUAUGGAAUGUUUAAACAGGGCAAGAAUAAUCAAGAUUAAGCGGUCAUAGUAAUUCAAUCAAUACAGUAUGCUUCUCUCCAAAUGGUAGUAUAAUAGCAUCUUGUAGUGAAGAUAAAUCUAUCCGUUUAUGGGAAGUUAUAAUCGGCAGAUAAAUUCAUUUUUAUGAAGGCAAUUACCAUCCUUUUUAUUUUCAACUAUCUGAAUAGGAUUCCAUCCCAAAAGGUUUCAUUUAUUUAAUUAUUCUUUAGUAAGCACUCAUUUAACUCAAACGCCAAAAUUGUAAAUUCAAGGCGCUUUAAUUUUGUAAAGUGAAUUUAUAAAUUAUUAUGGUGUCAAUCUUCGAUAAUUAUUCAAAGCUAAAGGAUGUGAUACUGUCGAAAAUUAAAUAGAAUUCAAAUAAGUUGAUAGUUGAUUAUUGUAAGAAUGUAACACACACAUAUAUUUUAGUUCCCUUUUUGUGAAAAUUCUUCCAUCUUAUAUUACAUGAUUUUCUCAUAUUUUCGAAAAAGUUUUAAUGUUAUCGCUCUGAUUCCCAUAAAAUUAAAGUCUAUUUUCGUUUUAUUUACUUUUAUCAUUUUGAAAUACCCUGCUUAAUAUCAUAUUAUUUCAGAGAAGAAGUAUAUUUAAUGAUGCCUAUCUCUUUGAAAUUAGAUUAUUUUAAUUAUUUUUGAAAAUCUAUUCAAAAAUAAUUUAUAUNGAUGUCGUCACUCUUUGUUUAGGGACAACCAAGACAGUUUCAAAAAAAAAAAAAAAAUUAGAUACUUACAAUAAAACUUCAUGGUCAGUCUGUUUCUCUCCUGAUAAUACUACAUUAGCAACUGGCAGUGAUGAUAACUCUAUCCGUUUAUGGGACGUUGAGACAGGAUUUUAAAGAUAAUAGUUCAAUGGUCAUAUUCGUGGAGUGUUAUCGAUAUGCUUUUCUCCUUAAGGUAAUACAUUAGCAUCAGGUGGUAGAGAUAUGUCCAUCUAUUUAUGGGAUGUCCAAAAAAAAAAAAAAUAAUUCAAAUUGGAUGGUCAUACUAAUUCAGUUUGGUCAGUAUGCUUUUCUCCUGAUGGUGCUAUAUUAGCAUCUGGUAGUGUAGAUAACUCUAUUCUUUUAUGGAAUGUUAAGACAGGACUUUAAAAGUCAAAAUUAGAUGGUCAUACUAAUUCAGUCUGGUCAGUAUGCUUCUCUCCAAAUGGUACCACAUUAGCAUCUGGCAGAGAAGAUAAAUCUAUUAGAUUAUGGAAUAUUUAAACAGGAUAACAAAAAUCAAAAUUUAAUGGCCAUUCAAAUAGUGUAAAUUCAGUAUGCUUUUCUCCUGAUGGUGCUAUAUUAGCAUCUGGUGGUGCAGAUAACUCUAUCCGUUUAUGGAAUGUUAAAACAGGACUUUAAAAGUUAAAAUUAGAUGCUCAUACUAAUUCAGUCUCUUCAGUAAGCUUCUCUCCAAAUGGUACUUCAUUAGUAUCUGGUAGUUCAGAUAAAACGAUUAGAUUAUGGAAUGUUUAAACAGGGCAAGAAUAAUCAAGAUUAAGCGGUCAUAGUAAUUCAAUCAAUACAGUAUGCUUCUCUCCAAAUGGUAGUAUAAUAGCAUCUUGUAGUGAAGAUAAAUCUAUCCGUUUAUGGGAAGUUAUAAUCGGCAGAUAAAUUCAUUUUUAUGAAGGCAAUUACCAUCCUUUUUAUUUUCAACUAUCUGAAUAGGAUUCCAUCCCAAAAGGUUUCAUUUAUUUAAUUAUUCUUUAGUAAGCACUCAUUUAACUCAAACGCCAAAAUUGUAAAUUCAAGGCGCUUUAAUUUUGUAAAGUGAAUUUAUAAAUUAUUAUGGUGUCAAUCUUCGAUAAUUAUUCAAAGCUAAAGGAUGUGAUACUGUCGAAAAUUAAAUAGAAUUCAAAUAAGUUGAUAGUUGA